UCUCUGUCUAGGUCACGUUUCUAAACCCUUCCUCAAUUGAUUUUCAAAUGGUGCCAUGACUAUUUGGUUUGUGUUGUGAAUCGAUUCAGAGUAGUUUGAGAACGCAAAUCUCAAGGAGAAGCUGAGAAGGUUCAAAGAAUAAUGCCGCAUCCAUCUUCUACAAAAUUGCUUCUGCUGAGGAGACUCUCCAUGGCUUUUAGGUCAAAUCAUCGUCAUCCUUCCUCAAUUAUGACCCUUCGUCGAUCGGUUCUACAUUCUUCCUUAGGGUUUGUAGAACAUAUGGACAUUGUCUCCCGUCCUCCAAGAAGAAGCUUUUGCGAUCUCAACGAGCCUCAGGGCCCAACCACCAUUGAUUACCAUUCUUUGUUAAAGGAGGAUGAAUAUCAUCAGCUGGCAGACUCUACAAUACAUGACCUUCUAGAGAAAUUAGAGGAAUAUGGCGAUUCAGUUGAUAUUGAUGGAUUUGACAUUGAUUAUGGAAACCAGGUUUUAACCCUGAGACUUGGGAGUUUAGGAACCUAUGUAUUAAACAAGCAAACACCAAACAGACAAUUAUGGCUGUCUUCCCCUGUGAGUGGCCCAUCCAGAUAUGAUUGGGAUCGAAGUGCACGAGCUUGGGUUUAUAGGCGAACUAAAACAAAUCUGUCUAAUAUUCUUGAAAGCGAAUUGGAGAAGCUUUGUGGUUCAUCUGUUUGUCUUUCCUGAACUGAUCGCUUGACCAAGAAAAGAGGUUCUCUUUGUGCUAACUUAAAGUUUGGGCAAGUUGUUUAUUAUUCAACUUUUAUAUUUCCUUGUUGUACUUGUUCUUUUAUUCAAACCCUUUUAUGUAAUUUAGAUGAUACUUCAUUUGGUAACUUAGAGGAAUAAUUAUGGCAUAGUGGAUUGCAUUUCCAUUAGCAAGAACAUUGUAUAGCUUUGGAGGAUGGUUAUUAAUAGGGUUAUGAUAAUUUAUUGUUCAUCUUUUA